AUGUACACCCAAUACAAGCUAUUGGAUCAAGUAGAGGGGAAGGAGGAGAUGCUGGAGGCCGCGGAGCUGAAAGGAGCGUGGAUGAAGCGAGCGUUCGACGCGUACGUGCUCAUGGUGCAAGCGGUUGGAGGACGCCAACUUCACCACAUCAAGGACCUCUUGGGUGAUCCAGAAUGUGGCCCCAAGGCUUGGAGUAAGCUUCUGGAUGUGCACUCACCGACAGACGCUACCGGCAUUGUGCUACUCACGCAGCAGCUGCGCGACAUCAAGUUCGUUGAUGGAGAGCUGAUGCAACCGGUGUUGGACGAGAUGCAUGACAUCUUUACGAAGCUCCAAGGCAGUGGUGUGGUGUAUCCGGAGCUCGUGCAAUGCGUUGAGAUCGUGAUACGGCUGCCCGGGUCGUUUUCUGCCCUUGCGAUCAACCUCAACUCUCAACAGCCCCAGUGGAGCGUGGAUUACAUUCGCGCGCGCAUCCAUGAGGAGGACUUGCGGCAGCGGAGUGUGGAGCGCUCGGAGGAGGGGGCUGGCUAUGGAGUUGGAGGUGGAAAGAGUGGCUUCAAGAAGAAGUGGAAGGGCAAGAACAAGGAUAACCCUAAGGAGGAUGGCGGCGGGGGUCAAGGAGAGGUGUGCUUCUACUGCAAGAAGCACGGACAUCAUUGGCGGAAGUGCUACCAACGACCAAAGGAUUGGACCCCGCCUUCAUCAAGCAACCAGCAUGGUGGCAAGAGGAGUGGGGGAGUCAUGGGAGCUAGUGGAGAGGAGAAGGAUGAGGAGAAAGGUGGCAAAUCUGAGGAGCAGAAAGCCGGGUUCUUCUUCUUCGUGAACAAAGCUCCUGGCAUGUGA